AUGUGCUUGCGGUGCGACAACGUGAAGAGUUCAACAAGCCUCAUCCACCACCACAAGGAGCGGCGUCAAACUUCCUCAAGUUGGGCCGCCGCGAGCAACGACCAUUUCAGAUGCCUUCAAUGCGACAACAUGCUGUUCUGCCCGUUCACCACCGUGUUCAGCGGCCUCGUUCUCUACGAUGUGCGCCACUGGACUAUGACAAGGUCGGCAACCGUCGACAAACGCGUGCGCCCUACUUCUUCAAUGAGCCGCGAGAUUUCUGCUGCAACGGCCUCUAACUCUCGACGACCGCUUCGCCUCGAAAGACGCGACUCUUUGCCGCCAAGCUGUUCUUCCACCUGUCGUUUCACGUCAAUGUGCGUCAACAUGGUCAAGUAUGGCAUCAUCCACCACUGCGACGCCGUCUAUUUUUUCGACACCGCCCCUUUUCGGCGUGCGACACCGUCUGUG